CAAGUAUAGAAUAUCACAGUCGCUUUGUAGGGUCAAAGGUUCACGUGAUUGGGUUGACCUUUGACAUUUCCACAUGAGUAAAUGUAGGUCAGACAUCACCCUGUAUCACCUAAGAUGCCCUUCAGGCGAGGAACCGUCAAAUAUACACAUGACUUCUUUACAAUCCACAGUUCCAAACUUGCAGUGACAACGUUAACCUCUUCAAAUCUAAGAUACACCCAUGAUGAUGAAAGGUUUCUAAUAACUUCCAUACAAAUAUUAAGACAUGUCAAUCUGGAAUCGACCAAUUAGAAAGGGCUACUAACAUUUGUAUCACACCAGACGCCUUUUGUGAUGUAAAUUAAAUGGGCGAGAGCUUUCUUUCUUUUUCUCGCAGUCAACAAAAUGCUGCUAAUGGAUCCUUCUUCCUCAUGAUCAGUGUAGGUAGUUAAGUUCCUGUUUGUACAUGUACGACGCUUAAGGUAGUCUACAAGUCACCAAAGCACUGCUUUUCAAGAAACGUUUGUUAACAAUUGGACCAUAAAAAUCGUCAACUAUACCAUAAAUAAAUACCAUGUCUGCUGGGACAUAAUGUGGGGGUGGAUUUGCAUGUCUGUACGCUUUAGAUAGUCUACCAGUCACCAAAGCAUCGCUUUUUAAAAACGUCUGGACCAUAUGAUAAUCGUCACCACACCAUGGAAUGGGACGAUCUGCUGAGAAAACACCUCGGGGAGUUCGGAAGGUUUCAAAAAUUCACCUCUCUGCUCGCCAUCUUAGUCGGUCCGACCACCGGACUGACUUUAGUUGCAAUGACGUUCUUGGCAGCGACACCGGAACACCAUUGCCGCGUCUUUGGAAACACUUCUUCGGUCGGACAUCGCUACAGGACCGAGGGACAUAACUUGAGUAUCCCCUUGGAAAAUAUCGGUGGCAGCUGGAAAUACAGCUCGUGUUUGAUGUACAAAAUCUCAAAUAGAACAGCGACCUCGAGGAAUGAAACUACAGCAUGUACCCAUGGCUGGGAGUAUGACAGGACCAUUUACCAGAGUACCAUCGUCACAGAGUACGACCUAGUGUGCUGGCGAUCCUGGUUGAGGGGACUUGGUCAGAGCACUUUCAUGGCAGGGGUGAGCGUAGGUGGAAUCUUCUUCGGCAUAACUUCUGACAGAUUUGGCCGCCGAUCUACUACAGUGUUUUGCCUUAUACUGCACCUCGCAUUGAGUACAGGAACAUCUUUCGUAUCAGAUUAUGGUUCAUUCAUCGUUCUACGUGCGUUAGAUGGAGCAGCUGUCAAUGGUGCCUUCUACACCGCCUUUGUUCUAGCCCUAGAAGUUGUCGGGCCUUCCAAGCGGAAUGCAGUCGGCAUGGCUGUAAGCUUGACUUUCGCGAUAGGAUUCUUCAUCCUUUCUGUACUGGCUUACUUUCUCCGAACAUGGCGGAACCUACAGCUCGUCCAAGCAUUGAUAAUGUACCCACUCCUAUGCUAUUGGUGGGUACUUCCAGAGUCUCCCAGAUGGCUUGUCAGUAAACAUCGAUUCACGGCAGCCAAGGAUGUCCUUCAGAGAGCAGCCCGGAUGAACAAGGUCACCAUACCUGACGAAGUCUCGCAUCUUCUCGUGAAGUCAGCUGAAUCCAACGAGAACACAAAGAAGUUCACAAUCACAAUGAUUGACCUCGUGCGAACUCCUCGGAUGCGCAAAAUCACAUUGACAAUGUGCUUUGUAUGGAUGUUUAUAUCAGGAGUCUAUUUUGGCCUAAUUGUCGGGACGACAGAUCUAGCCGGGGACCCGUACGUCAACUUUGCACUGGGUGCAGCUCUUGAAAUCGGACUGGCUAUCCUAGGGUGGGCGGGCAUGGAGAGAUGGGGCAGGAAACCAGUCAUAGCAGGGUCCGCACUGAUGGCAGGGACAGGUUGUCUGGUGUCAGCGGCCACAAUGGAACUACCGACCGUUUCUCGUAAUUUUGCCUUGGUGGGCAGAGCUGCCAUCGGCCUUACUUUCAACUGUUUUAUUGCAUACUCACCAGAGGUGUUCCCGACUGUAGUAAGGAGCAUGGGCAUUGGUGUGGCCACCGCGUUCUCCCGCAUGGGCAGCAUAUCGGCUCCCUUCGUGUCGCUCCUGGGUGAUGUCUGGCUGCCCCUCCCCAUGGUGACGUUUGGAGUGGCGGCUUGUGCAGGCGGUUUGGCUGUCUUCCUGCUCCCAGAAACACUUGGAGUCCCCCUGCCUGAAACUAUAGCGGAUGUGGAGAAUAGAAAACCACAAGAACGGGACAACGACAACUCUGUGAACUACACAAACCCUAGGACCGAACGUUACCGUAUAUCGUGUUAA